AUGCCUCCUCUCACUAGAAAACGCAAGGCUAAACUAGAAGCCGCAGCACAACAGGUUCCAAUACAGACACAACCGGAGACCAAUCAGUCCGUCGAAGAACCUUCUUCAAAACGUCAGAAACUAACGGAUUCGUUCAAGAGGACCGAUCCCUUCCGCCCGCAUUCUCCCCCUCCUAAGACUGUGAUUCACCGUCGCAGCUUGGCAACCAAGUUAAAACAACCGUUGCCAGUAGUAUUCUUUACUAUACCGGCAACCAACCCUUCUAACCAGGUUUCUGCUAAGGGUCGAAGUAGCAACGACUUGAACACAAUAAUGCUAACUAAGUCUCUAUUUGAGCAUGCAGACAAAUAUGGUGCUGCUGCAUUGCCAACCAGUGAGGCUCUUGAUGCCUGGUUAGAGGAAAAUAAAGACAUCUUCAUCCAGGCUCGAAAAGAGGGAUAUCAUCAGCAAGUCACUUCAGCACAGUCAGCACAAAAUUCACCUGGCGCUGAGACUCACCCUGGGGUCUUCCUUGACCUAACAACCCCCCAACAUAACCUUGCAGCCAGACAUCAUGCCCCCCAACAGCACGCCGUCCUUGCUACCAACCGAAUGAUUAUCUACAGGGCAAUCCGCACCGCUCGCCACACUGCGGCUCAUAUCUUGAGUCAAGCUGCUGCAAUCAUUGAGGGCCCAGAGAGGCCUGCAGAGGCGAUAACAGCCCAUGGGGGAGAGAAGAAGAGAGAAGAGGACGACGCCCGAGAAAAGGAAAUGCCCGCAGUCCAAACUAAAACAGAGCCUAUCCGGGUGAGACCAGUGGCGCCGCCGUUAGACACGCGCUUCUUCCAUCCAAAUGGCCAGUUGCAGUCCGUGUAUCGGUAUCUAACAGCGCAAAUUCCACUACCAAGGCAAUGGGUGCGAUGGGCUAUUAACAAUGGGAUCAACAAAGUGCCAGGGCGCGGAGAUAUCCGCGAGCCCGGGGUAUAUGUCGCAGAGGACACAUUCGACUACGACGCCCUGUUUGAAGCGGUUCACCGUGGUUGUUUUCGGACUGGUCGGUUCGAGAUCGAUGGGUUCAACGAGUACUGGCCUAUGGUACGAGGACAUAGAGACAGCACGACGGUAGAUUUAGCAUUGCAUCGCCUCCCGGCUCACCUAUCGUCGCUCGAGCGCACAGAUCUUGAUGAGCAAGAAGUAGAGAAGUCAAAUACACCAACGCCAGAGCCCGCUCCUGCAUUAGAGACAGGAACGGCACCAACUCUCCAUGACGAGAAGUGA